GAUAAGCCUGCCUGAAUAUAUGUGUUUUUAAGGCACGUUCGAAGGUGGAGAAGUUGUGAAUUGACCUGAUAUUCCGGGGCAGAGUAUUUCAGAAAGUAGGUGCGACUCGAGAAAAGUCUUGAAGAUGGGAGUGAUAGGUACGAAUUAUGGUGGAUUUUAAUCUUAGGUCACUAACAGAAUGGAGAGCACGAGUAGGGUGGUAGAUGGAGAUGAGGGAGGAGAUGUAUGGAGGUGCCGCACUGUGGAGAUCUUUGUGGGUGAGGGUGAGAAGUUGGAAUUGUAUUCUGUGGUGGAUGGGCAACCAGUGAAGUGGUGGGCACAGACUAGUCGCAUCAGUGUAGCGGUUGGAUGGAUAGAUGAGCCUGGCUGCAGCAUUUAAGACAGACUGAAGGGGGGAGAGUUUAUUGAGAGGGAGAUGGAUUAAUGCAUUGCAGUAGUCAAGACGAGAAUGAAUCAAGGCAACAAAAAGAGUUUUUGCCGUUUCCACGGUAAGAAAAGGGUGGAUUCUGGUGAUAUUCUUCAGGUGCAGAUGACAAGAGCAUGUAUCCUACUCGUUUUGGCACAGGUAGAGAGCAAAGUAUUUGCAGUUAAGGAGCAGUUUCCAACGUCGCCAUCUUAUCGCUUACUGACAACAGCAAAUGCAGAAAUGGUAAUGUCAAGUGUCAACUCUGGGCUUGUUAGGAAGUCUGCAAGGCCUGGAACAAGGCUGUCUGUAAAACCUGCAGACUUAGUGCCUCCUUUUCACAGUAAAGGUGUUGAUUACAGCGACAGUCUCAUGACAACACCAUUUGUCAAUAUUCAGGGUGUUACAAUUUCAGGAAAUGCACAGCAUAAAAGGAAAACAGCUGAGGAUGUGAUGGAUGAGAUGACUGGGUCUACUGCAACUUACCUCCAUUCAAGCUUUCAACUGAGGACUACAACCACCACUGACCAUACUAGCACUAUUCUUGCAUUCCCUAAAGACACUUUUCAUCAUGUUGGCACUUUGCAAAGCCUUUCUCAAGAGGAACAGUCCAAGGGUUCACCCACCCUUACCAAUGGUAUGUCAAAGAACACAGAAUCAGUGUCAGUGCCUUUUAAGCCCCAUCAUUAUAAACUAUGGGAUGUAUUAAACAGAAAUGGAUCUUUGUUCUCUGUAAGAAAAGUGAAUGGAACUUCACCGACUACUAUGACAUUAACCGCAUCCCCAAUAUUUCCCCAUACCACCUCAAUUUCAAAGACCACCACACUGGUACAAGGAGCCACAAGGAGUACAGUAGUGAACCAGCAUACUGAACCAGACAAUGCUACCACAGUGCAAUUGAUUCUGUCUAUGGAUGCAACUACUAGGAGUUCCAUUACCAUGUCUACACCUGGGUCCACAGCAACAGGAAAUUUUCUUAAUAGGUUGGUGCCUGCAGGAACAUGGAGACCUAUGGUUCCUGGCAAUAUUUCCCAUGUAACAGAGGAUGGAAGUCCACCGCAACACAGAGAGACCAUUUGUCUGAGUAAAGUGGAUAUUGCUUGGAUAUUCCUGGCUAUUAGUGUACCAAUAUCAUCAUGCUCUGUCUUACUGACUGUGUGCUGCAUGAGACGGAAAAAGAAGGCUUCUAAUCCUGAGAAUAAUUUAAGUUACUGGAAUAAUGCAAUUACAAUGGACUAUUUCAACAAGCAUGCUGUGGAGUUACCACGAGAGAUCCAAUCUCUGGAGACAUCAGAGGACCAUCUUUCAGAACCACGAUCCCCAGCCAAUGGUGAUUACCGAAACAGUGGAAUGGUUCUUGUCAACCCAUUUUGUCAGGAAACUCUUUUUUCAGGACAUGAGCAAGUUUCUGAAAUCUGAUGAUGAGUGAAGAUAUGAUUGAGACUGAGUUUUACAUUCAGAACAUAAAGCAGCUUUGAAUCAAAUGGACAACUGGUAACCAAACAUUAAAGACAGUGAAAGCUCUGUUUCUUGAUCUACAGUAGAAACUGGUUUAACGUUUAGUUUGAUUUAGUUAAACUUACAGCCAUUCCUCCAAUGUACCCUAAACCAGACCAUACACCCAUCCUAUAUCAUAUAAAUAUGCUUUGUGUACCCCCUUCUCCUCCAAUAACUACUAUGUUUUCAGCUUGUUUUCCUGAGAAUUGUCAUCUUUUUACAAUUGUGGUAAGACUUUACAGAAUAAUCGUUGGCUUUAUAAAUAAAGUUAUUUAUAUGUAAAA